CCGGCCAGAACAGCAUCAUGCAGCCCCAGAUGCCGUUCGUCCAGCUACUGUGUAGAAGAUCACUGAGUCUCCAGUGGAUGCAUCAGCGGCAUGUAAGGCAGCCAAGCGCACAAGCCGAGACCCUCAGUCUCUCUUGAGCUGAUGCGCUCAGGUCCAGGCAGCAUACUAUGGACGAGGUAUCGUUACUCGCUUCCAGCAUUUUACGUACACUUGAAUCUGUCCCACGACCUAAUCAGGAAUUCUGUUAAGGGUGCAAGGACAACGAUCGUACAGCGCAACCGGGCGCUACUCCAGCUUCCCCGGACGCUGUUCAACCAGCGCCUGAAUUUCUAUUCCAGGGCCCAAUCACGCUUUCUUGCUAUUGAGACCUUGCUUCGUCUCGCAUUGUCUGUCGCGUCACAGAUGCGAACGACAACGGCAUCCGUCUACAGGAUGAGGAAGCUCCAGGUGUACGUGCGACUGCUCUGAAUUGCGUCUAAGGUGGAACAAGCGAUCGUCCAAUGCUUCGCUGGCGCUGUUACACAAAAGACGAUCGGAACACGAUGUGACCUCGUCGGUGGGAUGCGAAAAGUACUUU